GAACACACCAAAUAUUAGUUUGUUUUUCUCACUCUAAUUUCUCUCUCUAGGGUUUCAAUUUAUUUCAAGUAUAUAAAAAGUAUGUAUUGUCUUUCACAAAUUUGGUACUGACCUAUAAAAGAAGGAUCAAGAAGUGUUAAGUUAAAGAGGAAGAUAGAAAAUUUUUAUAAUAAUAAAAAGAGUUUAAAAGGAAAGGGAAAUUUUUUUGGAAAUGGGAAGAGGAAGAGUGGAAUUGAAAAGGAUAGAGAAUAAGAUAAACAGACAAGUUACAUUUGCAAAGAGAAGAAAUGGACUUCUUAAGAAAGCUUAUGAAUUAUCUGUUCUUUGUGAAGCUGAGGUUGCUCUUAUUAUCUUCUCCAAUAGAGGCAAGCUUUAUGAGUUUUGUAGCAGUCCUAGCAUGCUCAAAACGCUUGAUAGGUACCAAAAGUGCAGCUAUGGAGCAGUAGAAGUCAACAAACCUGCCAAAGAGCUUGAGAGCAGUUACCGUGAGUACUUGAAGCUGAAAGCAAGAUUUGAAUCUCUUCAAAGGACCCAGAGAAACCUUCUAGGUGAAGACUUGGGUCCAUUAGGUACCAAAGAUCUUGAGCAGCUUGAGCGCCAACUUGAUUCAUCUCUCAAGCAAGUCAGGUCUACCAAGACCCAAUUCAUGUUGGACCAAUUAGCUGAUCUUCAAAAUAAGGAGCACAUGUUGGUAGAAGCAAACAGAUCUUUGACCAUGAAGCUGGAAGAAAUGAAUAUUGAUACAAGAAACCAGUAUAGGCAAACAUGGGAAGCUGGUGAUCAAAGUAUGGCAUAUGGUAAUCAUCAAAAUGCUCACUCACAAAGCUUCUUCCAGCCUUUGGACUGCAAUCCAACAUUGCAGAUAGGGACUGAUUAUAGGUACAGUCCAGUAGCUUCAGAUCAGCUAACUGCUGCAACAACUCAAGCUCAACAAGUUAAUGGAUUUAUUCCUGGAUGGAUGCUUUGAGCUAAGCUCAUUAUUUAUUUCUCUUAUUGCAUAAAAGCAAAAGACAAAAAAAUUGCCUUUUGGUUUUGACUGUGUAAAUGCUGUUUGUGCUACUUUCUGUUUUGGUAUAAAAACAGCAUUAACUGAAUUAAAUUAAGACUAUUUAAACUUUAGCCAUAGACAUAUAUAUGGCAUAUAUGAAGGUUUUUAGUAUUUUGAAUAUCUUUGAUGAUAGUUUCAUUUUUCAUUUGCAU